AUGGGUUUCGACGACGUUUUACCAGUAUUAGGCGACUUUGGAAAGUACCAGAAGCGGAUUUAUUUCCUGCUGUGCUUACCGGCCAUCACAUCAGCUUUCCAUAAGCUAGGAAACGUAUUUUUGUUAGCAGAACCACAGUAUAGGUGUCGACGUCCAGACGAGCCGGCAGACAGUCUUUACGAUUUGUCGACAUCCGAAUUGGAGAAAUGGUAUCCUUUCGACAGCCUCCAGCAAACAUUUUCCUCCUGCGAAAUUUGGUCGGGAAACGCUACCACGACUUGCAGCGAAUUCAUUUACAAACACGAUGACUACGGGUUUACGACUACCAUUGAGUGGAAUCUCACCUGCGAAAAGGCUUACCUGAUUGCCACUUGCAACUCGAUGUUCAUGGUGGGCGUGAUGUUGGGGUCGAUUAUAUUUGGAGAAACUUCCGAUAGGUGGGGCCGAAAAAUGACCUUCCUGGUUGCGUCGGUUAUGCAAGUGCUGUUUGGAGUUUUAGCAGCCUUUGCUCCAGAGUUCUGGACGUUUGCGGUAUCGCGGAUGAUUCUGGGCGCUGCUGCUUCCGGAGUUUUCCUUGUGGCAUAUGUGAUGGGUCUGGAAAUGGUGGGACCGUCCAAGCGCUUGAUAGCGGGCACAGUGGUUUUCAUAUUCUUUUCCGGGGGUUACGUGCUGAUUGCUCUGCUAGCUAAGCUGUUGCCCAACUGGCGGCAUUUGCAACUGGCUCUUUCCCUGCCCGGAGUCGUUUUCCUCUUCUACUGGUGGUUCAUUCCAGAGUCCGUCAGGUGGCUGCUCUCGAAAAACAAAGUCGAGGAAGCGAAGCUGGUGAUCCAGAAAUGUGCCAAAGUGAACGGAGUGACGAUAUCCGAUGCCAAAUUAGACGAACUGCUUAAGAAGGGGGACGAGAAUAAGACGAAAGAUGACUCACAGAUAACCGCCUCUGUUCUGGACCUGUUCAAACAUUCCAAUUUGCGCAAGCGAUCUCUUAUUAUUUUUUUUGAUUGGUGCGCCAACAACAUAACGUACUACGGAUUGAGCUGGAAUACGAACAAUCUAGGCGGAAACCCCUACUUGAACUUCGUAAUUUCCGGGGCUGUGGAAACUCCUGCCAACAUAUUCACGCUACUUACCCUUAACAGGUGGGGGAGGAAGAAGAUACUGUGCGGCAGCAUGAUUGUAGCUGGCUCAGCGCUGCUGUUGACCAUCGCCACGCCACUCAAUUGGGUUUGGCUAAUAAUCACACUAGCUAUGAUCGGAAAGAUUUCGAUCACAGUCAGCUACGGCACAGUCUAUAUCUUCUCAGCCGAACAAUUUCCGACAGUUGUUAGAAACGCCGGUUUGGGAGCAAGUUCAACCUUUGCCAGGCUGGGCUCAAUUAUGGCGCCUUACAUCAAUGUGAUGGCUCGCAUCUGGCAACCGUUUCCGCUGCUUGUUUUCGGCGUUCUAGCGUUCACCGGUGGAGUUUUGUCGCUACUCCUACCAGAGACGCUGAAUAAGAAGCUGCCGGAAACUUUGGCCGAAGGAGAAGCUUUCGGAAAGAAAUCAAAAAAUGUGCCUUUGAAGAGUGUGCAAGUGCUGGAGCUUCCAGUGCUGGCGAAUGAGACAGAAGAGUCUCCCUCAGACGCACUGCUGUUAACUGAAACCCAAAAGGCUGCACAGCUGGAAAGUUAACCAGGGCAAAGAUCUCGAGUGUUAUGAUUUCCGACUUUAAACUCAAACAGUUUCCCAGUGUUAAGAAUAUUUUGGCAGGCAAUGGUUUUUUUUAUAUAAAACUCAACCAGUUGGUUUCUGUGAAACUGAUGUAUCCGGUUACGUUUCCAAUGUAAGUGAUAAGGAGAAGGGUUGUAUGGAGGAAUUUGCAUAUUAUUUUUGUAUUAUGCAACCAUCACUCUCAAUAAAAAAUAAAUAACAA